AUGCCCCCAACAGAGCCGGUAGAUGACCCAGGUGUCAGGCGCAAGCGGACAGGCCGAAAGUAUACGUCGCGAGCCUGCGAGGAAUGCCGACGCCGACGAGCGAAGUGUGAUGGCGCACGGCCAUCGUGUGCUCGCUGCCUCGAUCGAGGUGUGCGCUGCCAGUAUUCCACCGCGGAGGAUGGGCGUCAGCCUGCUCCCAAGUCGUAUGUAGUCAUGCUGCGCAAUCGCAUCGAACUUCUGGAACGCGUACUGCAUUCUCAUGGGAUUGAUAUCGAUGCAUCAAUUGCCCAAGUCUUGGCCGAGAGUGGCACCCCGGAGCAAGAAGCGCUUUCUUCGUGUGGAAAUGGGUGCAGCGUGGACGAUCUGUGUCUGCCUUUUGAUGGGGCCCUGACUCUGGAUGAGUCCUUAAACUUCGAUCAGGAUGGCGAGGUGCGGUACUUUGGGCCGACUAGUGGACGUCUGCUGUUCCGGUCUGAUGCCAAUGACUCUUCUCCCAACGAUGAUGCAUAUCAGAAUGAUACAUCAUGCCUGGCAGAAGAAUGCAGAAAAAAGCUCAACCAGAACCAGAGCCUUGCCGAAGGAGAUCUGGUGUCAGAGGAGCUUCAGUCCCAUUUAAUCGAUCUGUACUUCGAGUGGGAGGGGCCGUGGUUGCAAGUCGUGAAUGAGAAGCUGUUCCGCGAAAGCAUGGCAAAUUGCGGCCGAUACUUUAGCCCACUGUUGCUGAGCAGCAUUCUCGCAUUGGGCUCGCGGUAUUGUGAUCGCGUCGAAGUGCGAUCGGAUCCCAAUGACCCGAACACGGCCGGCAAGAUGUUUAUUGAGCAAGCCGAGCGAUUGGUUCAGAAUGAUCUCAGGUGGCCGAAAAUCACUACCAUCCAGUCACUCGCCAUCAUGGGCAUGGUGUAUAUCGCAAUGGGAUCCGACGCUGCAGGCUGGCUCUACCAGGGCUCAGCCAAUCGCUUGGCCUUGGAUAUGGGACUGAAUAUGGACCCGGCUGUUCUUGCAGGGUCGGUCUCUCUUUCGUCAAUCGAGAUUGAGCUGCGAAGACAGAUUUAUUGGGCGUUAUACUGCCAUGACAAGCUAUCUGCAAGCUAUACAGGCAGGGUCUGUACGCUCCUGGAUUCUCAAGGCGUAGUGAACAAACCAUAUCCCCAAUGUGCAGAGGAUCUUCAUCUUCCCGCGACAAAUGGAGAACCUCGCGCCGCCUCCCGGAAACAGAAAGACGUGGUGUAUUUGCACCGGGCGAUGAUUGAUCUCUGUCGCAUCUUCGAAAAAGUCCUUACUUCCCUAUGGUCCCCCAAACCCCUUAUCCACCCCCAGCAGCGCUUUGCAUUCUUCCAUUCCGUCGUCCUCGAACUAAAAACAUGGUACUACGACCUCUGCCCCGAACUCAAGACCGACCGACCAACAGGUCCCUCACGCUUUCCCCACGCCUACACAUUGUGCAUGGUCUAUCACACAGUCCACAUCCUGCUGUGCGUACCAUUCCUCAACAAGGCUAGCAUGCAAGAUCAUCGAGAAAACACCCCAAACCAACAACAGCCAACACCCGACGACUCCCUGACACACAAAGCCCUCACGAUCUGCAGCUCUUCAACGCGCGCAAUGUGCAUUGUCGCCCAGAAGUACCGCCAGACUUUUGGCAGUUUCAAACUCAGUCCGAUCACUGCGACGCACUGCACGCUCUCUGCGGCUCUGAUCAUUAUGGAACGUUGUUCUCUGGAUCCCAACGCCAGCCCUGGAUGUGGGGAUGAAGGUUCCCGCGGCCCAUCUCCGCAGGCGGCUGUCGGGCUUUGUCUUCAGGUCCUGCGGGAAUUGUCUACUUCGUGGAAUAUUGCUAAGCGCAUUGGCCGGAAUCUUGAAAAACUUUAUUGCCAGCGUCUGAAAUGCGAUCUUGAUCACGUCCCGCGCCCCCCGACAGAUUGCCCUGUUGCGAGGGAGACCCCGUUACAGCCUGCAGACGCCAACCCCUACCCUGAGUCUUUAGGACCAAUACCCGAAAUAAGCCUUGACUCUCUAGACCCCAAGCAAUUGUCCAUUCCAGAUCCGAGUUCCAUGUCUCCCAGUGCCACGACGGACUGGCUUGGUGCCAGUUCCUAUAAUGGCGUUCCUGGAGAUCAUGGAACUGGUGAGAAUGAAUUUCAGAUUGCUGCCAACUCCGGUGAGCUUUUUGCAAACAACCUUGGUUUUGCAUUCUCGCCAGACUGUCUUCCGAGUGAUUACAAUAUGUUCGAUACUCUGAACCAGAUGUACUUGGAAGAGAUGUGGUGA